AUGUCUAUUCUAAUCGCGAUGCUACUGCACUUAGUAUGUACCAUGGCACACAAUAUAAAGUCAUGCUCCGAAUAUAAUAUUACAUACGGAAUAAAAACUGAGAAAUACAUACUCGGACUCAUCGUAAUCCCAUUUCCGCCGGGAAAUGAAGUUCAUAUAAGAGUAGGAUUAAAUGUUCCCACUGAUUUGCCGAAAGAAAAAUUUGUAUUAGAAAUGUCAGUAUGGUCACAAGUAUACCUUCAAGCUGCUCAACGAACAGAUGUUUUGAUGUAUACUAUUGCUAUGCCCUGGUUCAAAAAUUUUAGUUCAUUAUCCGCGAUAUGGUUAAACAAUCAACCAUACUGCAUAGGAACCGACGUGUUAGAUGGAAAUAUCAAUGCUAAUAUGGAAUUGGGGCAUAUUGUGUAUCCGUCAAACAUGGAACCAACAUUGCAGAAUUUACAGACGUAUUAUCGAAAUUCAAGCACCUACCGUAUAAUCAAUCCGAUUUUCAAUAUUAACGACGAGUGCGGUGUUACCAGCUACUAUACUGACCGCACAAAUAGUCUCAUUCCCAACGGCGAGUACACAUCACCAGGACAGUGGCCGUGGGUAGUUGCAGUCUUCGUUGAUAAAAGUGUAGACGAAUCUCCGGCAAACUACGAAUAUUGGUGUCCUGGUACUAUUUUGACAAACCAACAUAUAUUAACAGAGGGGGAUUGUUUAUGGGUUAACCACGAAUUCAGAAUAGACGUCAAAAAGAUGGUGGUACUCAUGGGACAAAUUGACUUUCGCCGGUUUCGUAGAGACGGAAUUGGUUAUCCGAGGGUUACAGGCGCCACUCAAUAUGGUGCCUGUUAUUAUUACUCGAAGUCCUCUAACUGUGAUCUGGGGAUGCUUUUCCUUGAGAAGCCCAUUGAAUUCAAUCCUAUCAUCAAGCCUAUUUGUCUAUGGUACGGUUCGACCGCUCUUGAAGAUGUCAUGGGUAGGACUGGAUAUGUCGUGGGAUGGGGCAAAGUAGGGUUGGGUCUAGGUCAUUUGCAUACCCAGGAGCAACGUAUGGUGAAAAUGACGUUAAUGAAUCAGGAAACCUGUCUCCGGAGCUAUUCAUCAUAUGGUACCAUUUCGCAGCGCAUCUUUUGCGCCACUUCACUAGAAGUCGGUCCUUGCAGCGGUGACAGCGGUAGUGGGCUAGUGUUUCUGGACACUAUCACAGGCCGUUAUCACUUGCGCGGAAUACUUACACCGUUUUUGCCGUAUACAAAUAGGUCUUUGCCCUGCGAUAAACAGAUAUACAACGUCUAUUUUGAUCUGACCAAAUACAUACCCUGGAUUGAACAACAAGUUUCUUG